GUAAGCCCUGACCGAUCGAGUAACCCCUAAAUAAAUAAUUCUUAACCGAUCGAGUAAUCCUUAAAUAAGUAACUCCGGCCACACGAUGUGGCCUAUUAGGCUACAUAAAGAACGCCUUUUUGGGGAAAAAAAAAACACAAAACACAAAACGAAAAACCACAAACCCCCACAAACGAUGAUCUUAACCUUACACGUGCUCCGAAAUAUACCAUUGAUUGACUCAUCUUAUGACUUACACUUCCCUUUCCUUCCUCACAUAUCCUUGUCACUCUCUCCUCUCCAUUUAUUUUUAUUUCCUUUAUUUUUAUUUGUACAUAUCAUAUGUGUCCUACGGGACACUCUUUAAAUAACACAUCGUGAAGACCCUAACUUCCCACUUUACUUCAAAUCAAAACAAAACCGGAAGUUUCUCAAAAUAUACUCUCAAAUACAAAUACAAACACAAACACAAAGAAGAAAAAAACAGUUUCUCCAAAAACAAACUAAGGAUGGCAGAUUGGGGACCGGUGGUUAUAGCGGUGGUGUUAUUCGUUCUUCUUACACCAGGCUUACUCUUUCAAAUACCCGGCCGCGGCCGUGUCAUUGAGUUUGGUAAUAUGCAAACCAGUGGCGCCGCCAUCGUCGUACACGGGAUCAUUUACUUUGGUCUGAUUACCAUCUUCCUUAUUGCUAUUGGUGUUCACAUCUACGCUGGUUAGCUUUACUUUACUUUUUGUUGUUAGGUUUUGUGGGAUUACUUGGUUUGAUUUCAUGUAAAGCGGAUUUGAUUCCACUGAAUAUUCAAAAAAAUAAAUAAAAAGAAGUAUUAUUAUUAUUGGUACC